AUGUUCUCCCAUGUACCGAUUACUGUCCAGGGUAUUUGUGAUAGUGGCAUAAAUCUCAGAACCUUUAAUCAUGUGAUUGCUGCGCAUCUGAGAGACGGCAGUCAACAGUACCUGAGGGGGGCUGUUGAGCGAACCGGAAACGAUGACGAUUCUAGUACUCCACUACAGAAGUAUUGUCGCCACAGGCUUAUCAGCCAUCUCACCUCGGACAUUAAUCCUAACCAUGGGGACCUUAUUCUGCUGUUUUGCUACGUGAUCACUGGGCUACUCGACAGCUCCGCCGUCUUUGUCUGGGGCUCAUUCGUGAGCAUGCAGACCGGCAACACCAUCUAUCUAGGCCUCGGCCUCAUGGGAGUCGACGAGAGCACUCGCUGGCUCAGAGCAUUAACCUCGAUCGCCAGCUUUUGUGUGGGCUCCUUCAGCUUUGCCUCUUUUCACCGACGGUUCUCUCCCCGCAGGCGCUGGGUGCUGUGCCUUUCCUUUACCAUCCAGAUGCUCUGCGUAGCGGCGGCUGCUACGAUUGUGACUACCCAUCAAACUUCUAGGGAUUCCCCUCUAACCUGGAAAGUGAUUGUUCCCUUAAUGCUGGUCGCUUUUCAGAGCAGUGGCCAGGCAGUGACGAGCCGUGCCCUGCAGUUCAAUGGUCUGACUAGCGUGGUGUUGACGAGUGUGUACUGCGACUUAUUCUCCAGUCCGGAGCUUCCUCCUUUGUCGAUGUUACAUGGAGUGGAAAACAGGCGACGUGGCGGGGCAGUGGUGUGUCUCCUGUUUGGGACGAUGCUGGGGGGUUUGUGGGCCAAGAGCCCGGUUGGGCUAAUGGGGGCAUUUUGGACGGCAGUUUUGUGCAAGGCGUUUAUCGCUGUUGCCUGGCUGAUUUGGCGGGGGCAAUCGACUGAGAACCUGGAGGAUGACGAGCUGGACCAAUGA